AUGACUUUGGCUGCAGCUAUGAGGAAGGCCUUCGGGGAAGUGAAGGAGGAAGGGAGGGAUGAAGUGAAAGAGGAAGUGAAGGAUGAAGUGGAAAAAAAAGUGAAGGAGGGCGAUGGUUGGGCGAAAGGCUCUGGGCGACAGCGGGCCCUUUCCAGAACUGCGACUGAGGCUCUCGCGACCGUGGCUGGGACUCUUGUAGGGCUGCGGAAGGAGUGGGACGAGAGCGUGCGGAACUUCCAGAAGCUGCAUGCGGUGGGCUUCUGUGGCUUUGAGGUGGCAGCCGAAGAGAUCGAAGCGGCAGCGUGCACAGUCGUGGCACAGACCACGCUAGAGAUGCUGAAAAGGAUAUUCAUUCACAAUGUGGACUCUUACAUUGGGAGAGCGCUGGUGAAAGAGUUGAGGAAGGCGGAUGGCGGCCUCCAUCGCUUCUUCGGCACUGUGAAGAGCGGCUCCUCCGCGCCGCCCGCGGUGAAGCGCGUCGUGUGCCGGGAUGAUCCCAAGAAGGCCAAGAAGAUGGCUGAGACCAUGCAGUCCUGCAGAUUGGUGGUCAUCAAUUUAAACGACUGCAGCUUGGAGGAUCUUCACUUUGCCAUCACCGCGUUGAAAGUCGACCCCAAGGUCACGCCACCCCACGUGCUGGGCGAGUUGGAGAGCGAGGUGAUCUUCCUGGUGAUCUCCUCCGUCAUGGUGUGGGCCGACACCAAGCCCGAAGCACCUGGCCAGGCCAUCAAGGACGGCCCGCGAAGGGUUCCCGGAACCUGUGGCGUGGCUGGCCGCCUGCGAGGAUGGUGGACUCCAAAAAGCUUACAGGCCAGCGACUACCUCCGCCGGGUUCCCCAAGCCGGCUCCAAGUUCGAGCAGUGGAAGGAGAUGGAGGACCUUGUCUUCAGAUGCUUCAACCGAGAGGCUUCUCAAGUGAAAGCCUUCGUGGUGGCGGGCGGUCUUUUGUAUGGCGAGGGCGAGGAAAUCUUCGCACCUGCUUUCCAGGACGCCCGUGGCGUCAGCGACUCGAUGGUGGACAUGAGCCCUGGCGUCAACAAGGUCCCCAGGGUGCAUGUACGGGACUUGGCCCGCUUGGUGCGGCAGGUGAGCCUGACGGCAGAAGGGAUCAACCCCUUGGAAGCGACUCCUUACUUCCUGGCAGUCGACCAGCCGCCUUCGGCGGUGUUGCAGACGGACUUAGUCGGCAUUGUGGACAAAGUGGGCGAGCACUAUGAGGUGCCGCGCGUGGAUGCCGAGGCGACGCCGGGGUCACCGGACGGUGCUGCGGACGGUGCACCGGACCUGACACCGUGGGGGGUGUGUCGACUUCAGCACCGGACCUGA